AGACUCGUCUCCUUGUGACCCAUGGCGUCCACUGGCUGCCGAUGGUAGACAUCAUCCUGGUGCUGCAUGAAGGCAGACUAAUACAGAGUGGUAGCUAUGAAGACCUGCUCAGUAGGGAUGGGCCCUUCGCCCAGUUCCUCAAGAACUACUUAAUGGAUGAUGAUGUAGUGGACGAUCCUGAAAGUAAGAUUUGACAUUUCAUCCUGAAAGUAAGAUUAAUAUUUCAUCCUGGGGGUGAUCUUCUACCCUUGGUGGCUCUUAACCUUGCUACGGCACCACUUGUCAUAAGAGUAAGAUGUGUGAAAAUAAUUUCUUUUAAAAUAAAAUGUAAUUUUUGAUGUCAGUUCAAGAUAAAAAAAAAUUGUAUAUCAUAUCUUUAUAAAAACUAGAAUUUUUCUAUUUAAUUUCAUUUUAUCAAUUAUGUGACAAAGAACUGGUUUUGUUCUUACAAGUUUGUUUGUGUGUCAAGUGUUUUUAGUCUUAUGAAGUGUUUUUAGCCUUGUGAAGUGUUUUUAGCCUUGUAAAGUGUUUUUAGUCUUGUAAAGUGUUUUUAGUCUUGUAAAAUGUUUUUAGUCUUGUGAAGUGUUUUUGAUCUUGUAAAGUGUUUUUAGUCUUGUAAAGUGUUUUUUGUUUUGUGAAGUGUUUUUGGUCUUGUCAAGUGUUUUUAGUCUAGUAAAGUGUUUUUAGUCUUGCAAAAUGUUUUUAGUCUUGUGAAGUGUUUUUGAUCUUGUCAAGUGUUUUUAGUCUAGUAAAGUGUUUUUAGUCUUGUAAAAUGUUUUUAGUCUUGUGAAGUGUUUUUGAUCUUGUAAAGUUUUUUUAGUCUUGUAAAGUGUUUUUGGUUUUGUGAAGUGUUUUUGAUCUUGUAAAGUGUUUUUAGUCUUGUAAAGUGUUUUUGGUUUUGUGAAGUGUUUUUAGUCUAGUAAAGUGUUUUUAGUCUUGCAAAAUGUUUUUAGUCUUGUAAAGUAAGACUUAAUGUGUGUGUUUCAGUAAGUUUCAUAAGGACCGAGAUUUGGAAGAGAGUGGAUAGUGUAACAUCAGAUGGCUUGACAUCAGCUGACGAGGAUGACAGACCCAGGAGGAGAAGACUCCGCAGGUCAGUCCAUUUAAAAAAAAAACACACUCAUCCUGUUUUGUUGAAAUGUUUGGCUCUUAGUGAGAUGUGGACCGAUAAUUAGAUAGGUUGCAACAAUGACUAAGCAUGAUUUUUAAUGUGGGGAUUAAAUGUCAUGCAAAAAGACAACACUGCAUACAUUCUAUAAUAAAGAGUGCACCAGCACCACACUAACAGUGCACCAGCACCACACUAAGAAUGCACCGGCACAAUAUUAAGAGUGCACGGCACCAUGUUAAGAGUGCACCGGCACCAUGUUAAGAGUGCACCUAUAAAGAGGAAAGACAUAAUUACUAUUAAUUACUUUGUGAUUUGUAGUUGGAAAAAUAAUAUAGAUCUGUUUUCAUUUCACUAUUUGCUUUUUGUUGGUCAGUUUUGUGUUUGGUUAGUUUUGUGUUUGAUCAGUUUUGUGUUCGGUCAGUAAGGUAUUGUUUUUGCACUCUCUGUAAUGUCUGCUGUCUGAUUUAUAACUCGAAGCCUCAUAUUUAAUUCAAACUUCUAAUAAACCUUCCCAGUUUUUUUUUUUUUUAUGUGUUUUUUGUUUGUUUUGUUUUUUCAACAAUAGAACCAGUACAUUAGAUUUCACUACAGAUCCCUCCAAAUAUGAAGAGUGUUUCUCUAAUGAAUCAACACUAAUGGAACAUGGCUACAAACUGAUAGAAGAAGAGAUAUCGGCAAAGGGCAAGGUUGUUGAACCCUGAUAUUAUCUAUUUAUAGGUUUAUGUUCUUAUUUAAAUUUGCCAUGUCCCAGAGUUUGAAAAAAUCAUUACAGUGCAUCAUGUAUUCAAGUGUAAGACUUUCAUUUCUAUAGCGUAUGACUUUAUACAAAAAAAUAGUCAGGCCUGUAACUUUUAUUUUUGAAGUUUUAAUUUUUUUUAUUCCCUUUAAUACACUUUCUCAACUUUUAGGAUCAGUUCCCUAUGUAUCAAAAAUAUGAAACCUUGCAUUUUUUUAAAAACAAUAGUUGUAUAAUUACAUGCAUUUGAAUCUCAGCAUUUAUAACAAGUGGAAAUAUUUCAGGUGGACGUGGGGAUAAAAAUACACAAGUAUUUGUCCUUUAAAUGUUUAAAAAUUAAUAUUAAGAAGCCGUUAUGUAAUUUGUUUGUGUGAUUGUAUAAAAGGUGUUAGGUUGCAAAUAAACUGAUUUGUUUUGCUCUUCAUUGUGUUUACUAAAAUAUAAUUUAAGUCCUUUAUGUUUUCCAGAUACUUUUUUUUCCUUGUUGAUAUAAAAUUGUUCUAUUUGUUUUUACAACCAAGGUAAAAGGUUCAGUGCUGUGGGACUUCAUCAAGGCGUUUGGCGGUUGCUUUGCUGUUUGCCUCCUGGUGCUGCUCCUGGUCUAUCAAGGAGUCGGGGUCGGAGCCAACAUCUGGCUCUCCUUGUGGACUGAUGACCCUUACCUGACCAACCAGACGCUGUCAGAUACAGAGCUGUAUCAAACAAAGACGUACACAUAUUUGGCAGUUUACAGUGCUCUCGGACUCAUUCAAGGUAUCAAAAAUUUCAAAGCUUUACAUUUUCUGUCUGUUUUUUUUAACUAGGAACAGUGGCAGCAUUAUGCAUGCCAACCCAGUUGAUGCAAAUUUUUAUUUGCGUUAAGUUUUAAAAAAAAUCAAAACUGUGACAUAAAAAAAAAAUUAAUCUUGCUACAUUAACUGGGUAAACUAAAACUGAGGUUAGUAUAUUUGGAUCAAUACUCAUCUGUGUUAAAAUCAGCUAUCAAUUCAUUCCUAAAAUUUUUUUUUUACAUUUUAAAACUUCCAAAAUACCUACUUUUAAAGUAGUUCUUUCACUUACACAGUCAUUUUAUAUAUUUAAUAUCUUUAUAUUUUUUAUAAAUUUUAAAAAUUAUUUCAGCUAUUUGUGCUUUAGCUUUUGUGGCCAACAUUUCACUUCGCAUGGUGGCCGCUUCAAAACGCCUGCAUGAUGCACUGUUAGAAAACAUUAUGCGACAGCCGAUGAGAUUCUUCGACACAACACCCCUUGGGCGGGUCAUCAACAGGUUCUCAAGGGAUGUCGACAUCAUCGACACCUCCAUGGCUCGCCUUGUCCGCCUGUUCUUCCAGCAGUUAUUUGCCGUCCUGAGUGUCCUGGUCGUGAUUACCUAUACCACACCUAUCUUCAUUGCAGCAGCUGCGCCCAUUAUGUUUGUUUACUACCUGGUACAGGUAAGCCAAGUUAACCACAGUAUGUGCAUGUUAAUCACCCAGUACAGGUCCGCCAAAAGAACUCUGGAUCAGGACCUUACAUAAAUGCAGUGCUCUAACAAUAGAUAUGAGUAGCUGUGAACCUGUAAAUAAGCUAAUGAAAAUACUGUACUACACACUGAGCAGAAUAGAGAAAUAUGCAACCUGAGCGUAACCUAAACCCACAUUGUUACAAGUCAGCAUUUUAGUGAUUCUUAGCCAAUAUUGAAUUAUCAUUCCUUUUUUAUAGAAUUUUUAAAAGGAUAUAAAAUAUCUGUCAGAAGUUCUGUUUGCCAACUUCAUGACAGCUUCGCUGUUUUUCCUGAUUGAAUUCUUUAAAUAAAUAAUAUGAAAAUAUCUGUCAGAAAUUCUAUGUGCCAUCCUCACGACAACUUCGCCGUAACGAGUCCACUACAAGAUCUCCAAUCUACUCUCACUUCAGUGAGACUCUGUGUGGCGGGAGCACAAUUCGAGCAUUCAAGGCAGUUGACAGGUUUGCCUCCGAGUCACAGCGCAGAGUGGACAUCAACAAUGCUUAUUUUUACGCCUUCACUUCAGCUUCAAGGUAAAAUAGAACAGACUCUUAUAGCUUCUAGGUGUCUGAGAUUAAGUAUAGUAGAUGUAUUAGAAGUAGUUUAUACAGCUUAAAAAACAAAAUCAUUAUUUAAAUUGUUAAGUUUAGAAAUAUCAAAACUAGCUGGAUUUUAAAACACUGCUAAUUAAAAAUGCUUUUAUGAUGCUGGUGUUAAUAAAUGGUAAUAAGGGGGAAAUGCUGCAAUCAGGUUAGGUAACAGAGACUGAGCGAAACAAAGUAUGCGAAUACCUGGGAAAUACACAAUGAAAUUCCUCUUGCUGUCCUCUCUGACACUUCAUUGCAGCGAAGUGUUUACUUUAAUUUUAUAUAGUUUUUACUGAUGUUUGAUUGCUGAAGAUGACCUCUUGCCGACACGUUCAUCGUUUUGUUGCAUCCUUUUUUCCCAGGGUUUCCCUUACUUUGUCUUUGUUUGGCGAUUUCCUUUUGCUUUUGAUAAAACUUUAUAAAUGACCUUCCAUUGGUUUUCAUUUGCUACAAAAAUAGUUACUGGGGAAAAUAAUGACUCAUUUCUGACACAUGUGAUGAGAUUCUCUUAAGAUUCUGUUGAACUAUGUAUCAUUAAAUAUGAUGCUAAUUUUUUAAAAAUAUUUGACUACACAACAACUUUAACUCAUUUUGAUUCUUUCUAUCUUUAGAUGGAUCAGAAUCCGUCUGGAGCUUUUGGGCAACAUGAUUGUCCUGAGUGCAGCACUCCUGGGGGUUACAGCAGAUGGACUGACCGGCAGCCUUGUGGGUCUCUCAGUGUCUUAUGCUCUGCAGGUAUUUGAUCACCUUCUUAGAUGAUAUUUUAUUCAGAUCAGAUUUAAGUAUAACAUCUACCGACCAAUGAUUGAACCUGACUUGUCUAACAGGUGACCAGCACUCUGAAUGAACUGAUCCAGAACUCAACUCAGCUGGAGAGUAAUGUUGUGUCUGUGGAGAGGAUUGUGGAAUAUUCCAAACUACCCCAAGAGGUAAGCUGAGGCCCAAGCAGGAAAAUAAGCACAUGCUUAGCACAUCGGGGUUAAAGGGGCACCACAAAUAGACACCUAGAAAAAUAUUGAGUAUUUCCACUAAAUCAAGAAUUUCCACAAAAUCAAGAAUUUCCCCUAAAUAAAAAAUCUACUCAAUCAAGAAUCUACUAAAUCAAAAAUUUCCAAUAAAUCAAUAAUUUCCACUACAUCAAGAAUUUCCAUUAGCAAACCAUCUGCUGACCUCCAAUUAAGUUUAAAAUGAUGCAAAACUGAAGUCCUGCAUUUGAAUGUUAAAUUUUCUCCGCACUUUUUAGCUUGGGAGCCUUCGGUGUCUUCUAUCUUUCUACCCUCACCUCAUCAAAGUGUCAUUACAGGCAUCUUUACUUUUAUUUUUUUUUAAAAGCCCCACUACUAGGAAUAAAGCAGGGUUGAUGACUGGUCUUAAAGUUUAAGAUACUCCAUAAAAAUUUGACCAGCACUAACUUUACAAUGAAAGUCUGUAAGAUUUAGGUUGUCCGUUAAAAAAAAAAGAAGAAAGAAGAAAAACAAAAUGGGAAAUCUCAGCGUUUAUGAUUUCUCCUUCCUUGCCAUAAGCAUAAAUUAUGCUAAUCAGGAGACAUUAAUAUUGUGGAGUGGUGAGACAAUAAACUUACGCUGCAUAUUUGAUUUUAUGUCAUAUGACAUACAGCUAUGUAUACUUAAUAACACAUAGUCACAGAUGUUUUGGUCAAAUUUAUUUUCAUCCCUUUAAAAAAUUUUUUUACAGUAAAAUAAAAUAUGUGCUUGUCAAUAAAAUAUGGGAAGAUUAUAUAUAAAGUUGUCAAAGCAGGUAUAGAUGCAAUUUUAAUGCUACGUCUCUACAAAUAUAUACCCCAAUAUAUAAACUUUUUCUGUCAUAGACAAUACUUAAGUGUAAGUUUUGUUAAGAACGGCAAAGGUUUAUAUUACGCUUACAUUUCUUGAUGCCAUAACCUAUUUCUAUACACUUUAAUGUUGUAUUUCAAUGGGAAAAAUUCCUCAACGUGAACAGUUUUUACUAAUUUAAUAACAUCUGUAAUAAAAUAUGUUUGAAAUGUAUCAUUUAAUGAUACCAAAAACCAUUGGAUUCAUUCAGCCAGCCUGGGGCACCUCUUCUCAUAAACUGAGCUCAGAUUGGCCGAGGCUAGGAGACAUUGUCUUCCGCAGCUACAGCACCAGGUACAGGCCUGACCUUGAACUUGUUCUCAAGAACGUGUCAUGUCAUAUCGAGGAUGGUGAGAAGGUCAGCAAAGAACUGGUUUUACAUCUUUGGAUUUACUUAUUGAUUUUACCCCAUCAUGUUUACUUUGACGUAAAACUUAAAACAAACCUAUUUGAGUUUAACAUAAUUGAAACGUAAGAAUAUUUCCAGCGGAUUAAGGCUUUUUGUAACAUUAUAUAUUUUAUUACAGAUUGGAAUAGUUGGGCGAACUGGCGCCGGAAAAUCAUCCAUGUCAAUGGCCUUGUUCCGCCUGAUUGAAUCUGUUGGAGGCAGUAUUAUAAUAGAUGAUGUGAACAUAGCAGACAUAGGUCUUCAUGAUUUGAGAUCCAGGCUCACAAUAAUACCCCAGGUUUAAUAUUAGCCCUCGCUGAUUUUAAAGACGUACAAUAUUUAAAAUUGGCUUUGGUCUUCAAAAUCACUGCAAAAAAACUCUUCCUCUCCUGAAUUCUUUUAUUUCUGUAUGUAAAUAUAAUUAAAUGUUGAUGUUAGGAAAAUAAUUUAAUAAUCUUUAAUGUUCUUCUGUACAGGACCCAGUCCUUUUCUCUGGUACGCUGCGUUUCAACAUUGACCCAUUUCGCCUGCACAGUGAUGAUGACAUCUGGACAACACUUGAAUAUGCCAAACUUAAAACUUUUGUGGCUGAGUUGCCAGGUGGGCUUUCAUUUGUGUGCGAAGAGGGAGGCCAAAACCUGAGGUAAUUAUGGCGCAUUUACACAGACAGACAUGUAUCUCCCUGUUUUGGUCGGCAUGCAGACCCGCCAAGUGUGCCCUACCACCUCGGGGGAGGGGGGGGGGGUCAUGUAUUAAGGGGCCCAAAGUUGUGAUGUGUAAAAACAUUUAGGGGAAAGUCAUUUUAAAUUGGGUUGAAUAACUGAUAUGCUCAAUAGCUGAAUUGCAAAAAUAAUAAGUUGCAGGGGGCCCCUGAAAGUCAUACGACGGCUGUGAUGUCAUGUAACAAUCAUAUUUAAUUAUUUUUUUUUUUAAACAAACCGUUUAUGAAAUGUUAAGGAAGCAAAGAGAAUGAAUGUAAAUUACUUGAAAAAUGAAAUAAUACAAUAUCAAAUGUAUAAUUAUGAGUGAGCAAAACAUGAAAGAAAUUAACUUUACAAAAAUAUUUUAAAGGAUUUUUUUUUUUUUUUACAUUAAGGGUGCAUCUUGUAGAGUGUUGGAUAAUCCCCAUUUGAAUGUACUAAUUAGCUUAGCAAACCUUCCCCUCCUCUAUAAUAAAUUUUUAAAAAGCCAAAGGAAGGCAUUUUUGAAUUAAUAAACAUUUAAAAUCUUAAAAAUGUAAUCAUUUUCUUGUUAGAGAGGUCAAAGGUUUCAAUCUGACAUAAAAUGAUGUAAUGUAAUUGUCUAUCUAUAUGAUAUGGAUACAGCUUGAUGAUAAUUAUCUGAUUUACAAAGUCAGUCAUUCAAAGUCAGUCUUACAAAGUCAGUCUUACAAAGUCAGUCAUACAGAAUCAGUCAUGCAAAGUCAACCAUACGAAGUCAGUCAUGCACAAAAUGUUCUAACUUGUGAGUCAAACAGCCAAAACACUGAUUCUACUGUUAAAAAUUUUAGAUUUGUUAAUUUAUUGAAAUGGACCCUGAGGGACUCUGGAAAUGUAUUUGUCAUAGACCUCUAGUGACAAUGAAUGGGUCCAUUUAUGAAACAGGGAUUAUAUUUAUGACCAGUUACCUCUACCUCCCAGUGUUGGCCAGAGACAACUGGUCUUUUUGACCAGUACAUAUUUAUGACCACUUACAUUUAUCUCCUAGUGUUGGCCAGAAACAAUUGGUCUGUUUGACCAGCUCUCUUGAGAGUCAGUAAUGACCUCUUGCGCGCAAUGGACAGCGGUAAUGUCUCCAUUUUGAUCCUCUUAGACCUCAGUGCGGCCUUUGACACUGUUGACCAUGAAAUCCUUUUCAAAAACCUUGAAAACUACUUUGGAAUUUCUGGUUCGGUUUUGGCUUGGUUUAGGUCCUACCUCUCUGAUAGAACGCAAAUGGUCUCUGUCGAUGGCUGUCUCUCCGGCAGUGCUGAUUUGGUGUACGGAGUGCCACAGGGGUCCGUUUUGGAUCCGGUUCUAUUCAUAAUGUAUACCAGGCCACUACUCCUCUUGCUCGGGAGGCAUGCUGUUGAGAACCAGUCAUUUGCAGAUGAUACGCAGCUAUACAUGCAUACCCAUCCAUCUCUUGUCGAUUCCGCUGUCCAGACUUUGCGGGGAUGCAUUGAUGAUGUCAAGUCUUGGAUGACACUCAGCAAGUUGAAGCUUAAUGAUGACAAAACAGAAGCACUCCUCAUUUACAAUCACAAAUCAUCCUCUACCUCAAUUCUUCCCACCUCAUUUCAAGUAGGUAACUCCGACAUACAGUUUACACCCUCUGCUAGGAAUCUUGGUUAUAUUCUUUCUAACAACAUGUCUCUCGAUAAACAUAUCUCUCACAUUUGUCGUUCAGCAUACACCGCCAUCCGUCAGAUCAGCUCCAUCCGCCACUACCUGACAGUUAGCGCAACAAAAACUCUAGUCUGUGCUCUUGUUCUCUCUCGUCUUGAUUAUUGCAACUCACUUCUGUCAGGUUCACCGAAACAUUUUAUAGAAAAACUGCAGAAAGUUCAAAACUCUGCUGCUAGGCUUGUUCUUAAGGCAAAAAAACGCGAUCACGUCACUCCACUACUCCACUCACUACAUUGGCUCCCUAUACAGGCACGCAUUGACUACAAGCUGUCUCUUCUCUGUCACAACUUUUUCUCGGAUUCCUGCCCUUCCUAUCUAACUGAACUUCUUUCUGUCUAUUCACCCCUUCGACAACUUCGCUCCUCCGCAGACUCGCGUAUUCUGUCCGUUCCCAAGACACGCACUAAAUUAUAUGGUGAACGAUCUUUCUCUUUCUGCGCCCCCAAACAAUGGAAUUCUUUGCCACUACACAUCCGCAAUAUAACAACCACACAGGCCUUCAAAACUGCACUCAAAACACAUCUAUUUAAACUAUACUACUCUGACUGAUUCUCCUCCUAUAAACCGAUAAACGUACAUGGGUUUCCUUGUAAAAAUGUCUGGUGUGGGUGGAUGAAUAUACCUAUGGUGUUGUUUUGCUUAUAUGUUGUUUUUAUUUCAUUUAUGUAUUUUAUUUUAAUAUUAUGAUUAUGCCUCUUUGCUAUAUAUGUACAGCGCGGUGAGCCCAGCCCUAGGCCGGGGUACCGCGCUAUAUAAGACCACUUAUUAUUAUUAUUAUUAUUACAUAUUUAUGACCACUUAUGUUUUACCAGUACAUAUUUAUGACCACUUACCUUUAUCUUCCAGUGUUGGCCAGAGACAACUGGUCUGUUUGACCCGGAGCUUAAUGAGGAAAAACAAAAUCCUGAUCUUGGAUGAAGCUACGGCAGCGGUGGACAUAGAGACAGAUGAACUCAUCCAGCAAUCCAUUAGACUGUGUUUUAGGGAUUGCACUGUGCUCACAGUGGCCCAUAGGCUGACCACAAUCAUGGACUAUGACAGGUAAAUUAGAGGACACAUGGCCCAUGGACUGAGGACUGACUAUAAUUAUGGACUAAUACUAGUAAAAUAGAGGACUCUAUAUUUUUUCAUUUCAUACGCUAUGCUAAUUUUUCACCUUUGCCAUGAAAUAGUGUAAAUACCCAUAAUUUUGUUUAAUGUUUCUUUGUCAACAGGAUACUUGUGUUAGAAAAUGGACGAAUAGCCGAAUUUGAUACAGUUGAGCACCUGUUAGACAACAAACAAUCAAUAUUCUACAGUAUGGCCAAAGAGGCAAAUCUUCUCCUUUACAAACCUGAUAACUUCAAGUUAUGACAGAAUUAAGAUUUGAAAGAUACUGUCGGUUAUAGUUUGUGCUGAUGUUCAUCUUCUUUUAAAGAAUUAUUUUUGUGGUUUUUUUUUUACCAUUUUUGAUAACUGGAACACUGUAAAUUGAAUCUGUGUAACUUUGUUGUUACUGUUACUUUCACAUUAUUGGUGCUGGUUGGUUGAUGUUCAAUGUGUUCUUCACCCAAGGAUAAGAUGUUUUCACUUAUGAAUUAUUUCUAUACAAAACGACUAAUAAUAAAAAAUAGAAAGCAC